GACUGGGUAAAUCAUUACUUGUUAUGACGAGAUGAUGAGUUCUUUAUUAAUGUCAUCAUGCGAGAUUUUUAAAUGAUGGAUUUAUACUAUAUUAGGUGGAUCCCGCAUUGUCGCAUCACAACUAAUAUUUACAGAUAUUUGUAUUUUAAUAUUGAGAAUUUGAUAUGAAAUACAUUAAAUGUAUACAUUGAAUAUUACACAUAAAGACAUUGUAGGCUACCUUAUAGAGUUUUAUACCACAGUUGGAAAGGAAAAAUGCUGAGUCAGGAUGACGCAAGAGCACACUUUUUCUUUCCGUGCUUGCAGCAUGGAAAUCCGACCCUGUUUCCUAAUCAACGCUGUUAAGGGCGUGGAAGACACCGAGAGCAAAAUAUCUUUCACCUGCCGCUUUCAAGAACAAAAACUUUUCUUCUUUGAACUUUUCCGUCAUGCUGGCCUGGCGUCAUCAUCUUGUUCCUUUUCCUCUUCAUCAGCGUCUUUGCUGUCGUUGUUGACCUGGCAUCCAGUCAAAUCACCUGUUCAAACAUUCCGCGUGUGCUUUUCGUUGUCUUCCCAUGAAUGGAAGUUUCGACACAGCCAAGCGGUGCCAGUGGGGAUGAUGUUGUCAAUUUCUGCCAUGUUUCCAAAUGAUUUUCAAUCAAUGCCGAAAUAUUCCGUAUUAUAUAUAUAAACAAAAUGGGAGAAUAUUUCAUUGGAAUAGUCGUCCUGAUAUUGGUAUCGAGCUAAUAACGGACUUAUUUUAAGUUAUCAGGUAGUCGUGAAAGAUGCCGAUACACGCCAUCGAUACUUAAGGCGAAACCAAAAUCUGCCAUCCUUGUCAGUCUUCCUUGCCAGUAGUUGGCGCCACACCGAAAAGGGUAAAAGGCGUGCAAGAAAGAAUCAUCUGCCAUUGUGUUCAUUGAAAUGUUAUAUUUGGGCCAGAUUGCACGAGACCAAGCAAAUCCUGGUUGCCAGUAAGAUGACGUGGCUGUGUUGAUUUCUUCUCUGCUUGUAAUCCCGCUGACUCACAAAUUACCGCCACACGAGUGGGCGUGUGGUGCGAUGACAUCAUCCGUCAUCAUACUGUUAUCUCGCACCCCCCCCCCCAAACGUGCCGCACGCGCUAGCGGCGGAUUCCUGCAUUAUUGAGCGUGGCGUAGGCUGCCACCCGAUUGGCUGGGAGCAGCCUGUGCUGCUUGGCGGAGGGGAGGAUGGGGAAGACGGGGAAGGGGGGUCAAUCCCUCAUUAGGCUUUCUGGAUGAUACCAGCUGAGCUCACUGGGACUCAAGACUGUGGUGAGGUCAUCUCACCUGAGCACACAAACAGUAUUGCUAUGUUAGCAGCCAAGCGUAGCCGUAGUCAUGUGAUUGCGCCAUUACCCAAUCCCGUGCCGGAUGACGUCAUGCCUUUUUGCAUCACGCCAUAUUCUCGGCUCUUGAUGGUUUUUUUAUGGCCCCGUGCCAAAAGGAGGGCACAUAAAGUGUACGAGUGUGUUUGUGCACGUGCGUGUGUGUGUACACAUCAUGUAAAUAUACCCCCCCACACACACACGGAGGCAGAAGAAUGUGUGACGCCACGCCGGUCCAGUCUGGGAAUCCUGGCCGGAAUGUUUUCUUAUUGACCUUUCUGUGAUGAAACCGACCCAAACACUUGCCCCCUCCCCAAUUGCGAGGAAUCUGACCUUUUGUUUGCCUUUAUAUUUAGUUCUGCUCUUUGUAUACCCAAAACAAAAAACCCAAAUUGGAAUUUCCAAUCUGUGUGCAAUUCCCGAACCUAAAAAAAAAAAACCCAAGAGUAUUUAAUUAGUCAAUUAAAACCAACCUCAUUUCAAGACGUGUGGAGUGACAAGCAUCUUGCGACCUUAUUUGGUCUCGUAUUCAAAUUGAAAACUUGAUAGGUGGCGUCACUUAAAUGUUGGAGGCCAACUGAGGUCUCCCAACCCGUCCGUCUACAUUCCCGAGUAAUCGUCGUCAUCUGUUUUAGUGAGAAAUGUCAGGAAUUGUCAGUCAGGUCACAUGAUGCCAACACAAUACCUCACUGUGCCAUUUGAUUCUAAUCCUUAUUAUUAUUAUCAUUUUGAUAUUUUAUUAUAAGGAGUAAUAUCAAUUAAUUUAUUAAUUAAUUUAUUUAUUUAUUUUUUUAUUUAUUUGAAUAGGGCCAAAGCAGAUGAGUUCAUGUCAUCGGAAGCUGUUCAAACAAACGUUAUCCUUCUCGUUUGUUCUCUCGCUCGCUCUCUCUCUCUAUUCUGACUGUUGGCACGGGGAGGUGGAAGGAAGGAAGGAAGAGCCCGGUGCCGUGAAGCUUGAUUUCCCGGAUUGGCCGUAAGGAGGAAGAUGCGGGAUUGUUAGGAGCAUGGGUGGGGGGGGAUGCAGCGGAAGAUCCGCCGCUUCCCGGAAGAGGUGGCGUCACCGGCGCAUGACAUCACCUCUCGGAUGUGCCCAUGAAAUAAUAACGCCGGUGGGCUACAAUAAAUUUGAUUUAUUGAGGCUCAUUUAAAAACACAUUUGACGUCAUUUUUGAUUGAGCAAAUAAAAAUCACAUUUAUGUUGACAUUUGGGUGUAUUUAUAUAAAACGCGACUCCCUUGUCACCUCCAUCCCGUAAAGUGACUGAUGUCACUUCUUCGUCUUGUCGUUCGAUCAUAAUUAAGAAGUGAUGGCAGAAAGCUUUCGCUUUUUCUUCCCCCAAACUCCCUGGGACGAAACGAGCGCGGUGUCAUAAGGAAAGCGAAAGCAGUUCAAAGUUCACCAAAGCUCUCAGCGAGCGCGUUUCCAUAACGACUAGUUUUGCUUAUUUGUUUGAAUGACGUGACAACGCAGGAUUUGCCCUUUGACCUUUCUCAUCGUUAGUCACUCUACCCAAAUUCCCAACUGCUAUUCAAGCGGUCCCGUCGGCUAGUUUUAAAAUCUCUUGACUUCUUUUAAAGUAUUGGAUACUCGUGAAAGCUGCCAAUCCCGGUCACCGAUACUUUUGGCAAAACAAAUUGACAUAAAGUCCUCCUUGGCAGUAGUUGGCGCUAUACAGGUGGACAGCGACUCACCAUCUUUGCCCAUUUUCUCUUGUCAUUAUGUCAAACGGGUUUUUAAGUUCUAGAAGUUUCCGCACAUGGUGUCAGUGAGUCGAAUCUGAAAAAAUAUUUGCCUAAUUGUGUAUGUGUGUAUCUAAGUGAUGUAAAUGUGUGACGUAUGUGUGACAGUGCAGCUAAAUGAAGACGUCGUACAUCAGUUUGUAUUAUUAGCACGCACGCACGCACGGUUUGUCGGCUUCUAAUAAUAAGGCGCCCGACAAAAAGUGGAGUCACUCUCGUGUCACUUUCUUUUCCUGAUGCAAGCGCUUGAUGCCGGUGGAAUGUUGGCAGGCCAAGGAGCAGCUGAGCCCGGCAGGCAGGCAGGCAGGGAAACACCCGCCCGGCCGGCCGCACUACGCACACACAAGAGCAAAACGGCACCAGAGGAAUUCAACAAAUAAACAAAAGCGGACGGAAAGAAAAACACCCCGACACGCCUUCCCGAUCUUCUCGGACAGAUUUUUUUAUCAUAUUUUAAUUUGGGUGGACUUUGCAGUCCAAAUAUGACCCGAAGAGAAAAACAAUCGACCACAGUAAUGUUUAUAAUAUAAGGUAAGUCAUUUUACAAAAGGAGAAACUGAAUAAAGCGUCAAUAAUAAUGUUCAAAUGCUGUCAUUUAAUAAGUUUUGUCAUAUUUCAAGACGAAAGUUCUUUCAGCUGCGAUCUGAAAGAAAAAGUCGCUCUUGAGCGGAUUGCAUCAUGACGCAGCGGUUUUGACGUCACGAAGCCCCGCCCCCUGAGGAGCGCCCGGGUGGAUAUAAGCGUGACGCAACCCGGAUCGGCUCAACACUCGAGCGCACUAGCCGGCGACUCUUCUCACCAACUUCGCUCUUAACGCACGCUCAUGCUGCAGAACUCGCGUCCGACGCUGGCCGAUGUCAGCUGUUCGGCGUCGGUCCCGCGCCCGUCGCCGGUCCCGCGUCUGUCCCCGCCGGGCUCGCUCUCCUUGGACGACCUAAGUCACUUGACGACCGGCGCCGAGCGCCAGUCCGGUCUGGCCGCACUCGCCGACGGCAGCUCGGACGGCGCCAGCUCCUGCUCGGAUUUCAGCACCGGGGGGAAGUCGCAGCGGUCGCAGACCGAGGCAGACAGGAGGAAACGAAGGCGAGAGAACAACAAGGCCGCCGCUGCCAAAUGCCGCAAAAAGAAGAAGGACAGGACGGAAUAUUUGCUGCUGGAGUCUGAGAAGCUGGAGAGCGUCAACGUCAGCCUGAAAGCUCAGAUCAAAGCUCUGAACCAACAGAAGCAGCACCUGUCCCACAUGCUCAACCAGCACCGUCCCACCUGCAUCGUCCGCGCCCACAACGGGUGCACCCCAGACCAGGAAACGGCCGACCUCUUCAUGCGCCACCUCCAGGAGAGCCCAACCACCUCCCUCUUUACCAUCCAGGACGCCGCCGGCUCCCUGUUUGCCAGCACCCAGGAACUGGACGCCGGCAACCUCCUCAGCCUGGACCACGUCCAGUGUUCGGUCUCCAUGUGACCAGACCCUGCAAAAUACUUGUAUGUGAAUAUUCAGCUUUAAACGACAGGCCCUGCAGUCCAUUGUCUCCUUGGCCACAAGAUGAGGGACCUGUGGAACGUUUACCAUUUGGAAUAUUUCCAAAAUUCUCCUGUCUAGCCCCACAAGAACACGGAAAUGUUUUGUGAGAGGUCCUCAGUGCUGCUAAGGGGCGCAGAGGACGGCAGACCCCUCAUCCCACGAACCCGAGCUGCUGACUGGACAAAGUGGCCUGCAUGGAAAAGUGGACUUAUCGUUCUUUUCCCGUCCGAGGCCAAGCUGGAGCACUUUUGUUUUUUGUGCCAUGUCCACUAGAUAGCACUGUGACUGUUGCACCACUACUUGCUGCUCAGCGAUGCACAAACAAGCUGAGUGAGAAAAGUCAUUGUUUUAAAUUAUUGUGUAUUUAUUUCAAGACAGACGGUUAACUGUCAAAAUGCUGCUAAUUGCCCAUGUUGUAAUCACUCAGGACCUUACAAGUUGCGUUCCGAGUGAGUCGUAAUGAUUCCCGACAGCAUAAAACUCGACAGCUACCGAUAUCGACAAAAAAAUGUCUUUGUUUGUACGAUAUGUCUCCAUUUGUAAAACACUGUUUCAUGCGUGUGUGUGUGUGUGCGUGUGUGGCAAAGCUACUCAAAUGUUAUUUUAUAUUUCUCCUUUUGUACUGUUUGGUCAUGUGACCAUGGGAGCUUUGAGCCAAAAUGUUCAACAUGUAGCCGGUCAAAGACUGGCAAGUUUUCUUUUUCACUUUGUUGAAUAAAACGUUGUUUGACAAACCACAAAAA